GCAGAGGCCAUGCUGCUGAAACAUUAUCUUUUUUUGCUGCUGGGAUGCCAAGCCUGGGGUGCAGGGUUGGCCUACUAUGGCUGCCCUAGUGAGUGUACCUGCUCGAGGGCCUCCCAGGUGGAGUGCACUGGGGCACGCAUUGUGGCUGUGCCCACCCCCCUGCCUUGGAAUGCCAUGAGCCUGCAGAUCCUCAAUACACACAUUACUGAACUCAAUGAGUCCCCAUUCCUCAACAUCUCGGCCCUCAUUGCUCUGAGAAUUGAGAAGAAUGAGCUGUCUCACAUCAUGCCUGGUGCCUUCCGCAAUCUAGGCUCACUGCGUUACCUCAGCCUUGCCAACAACAAGCUUCAGGUUCUGCCUAUUGGCCUUUUCCAGGGCCUAGACAACCUGGAGUCACUCCUUCUGUCCAGCAACCAGUUGGCGCAGAUCCAGCCGGCACACUUCUCCCAGUUCAGCAACCUCAAGGAACUGCAGUUGCAUGGCAACCACCUAGAAUAUAUCCCUGAUGGUGCCUUUGACCACCUGGUGGGCCUCACCAAGCUCAAUCUGGGCAAGAACAGCCUUACCCGCCUCUCCCCUAGGGUCUUCCAGCACCUGGUCAACCUCGAGGUUCUCCGGCUAUAUGAGAACAGGCUCACGGACAUCCCCAUGGGCACUUUUGAUGGAUGUGGGAACCUCCAGGAGCUGGCCCUGCAGCAGAAUCAGAUUGGCGUGCUCUCCCCUGGCCUCUUCCACAACAACCGUAACCUCCAGAAGCUCUAUUUGUCCAACAACCACAUCUCCCAGCUGCCCCCUGGCAUUUUCAUGCAGCUGCCCCACCUCAACCGUCUCACGCUCUUUGGGAAUUCUCUGAGGGAGCUCUCUCCUGGGAUCUUUGGGCCCAUGCACAACUUGCGAGAGCUUUGGAUUUAUGACAACCACAUCACUUCUAUACCUGACAAUGUUUUCAGCAGCCUCCACCAAUUGCAGGUCCUGAUCCUCAGCCGCAACCAGAUCAGCUACAUCUCUCCGAACGCCUUCAAUGGGCUUAUGGGGCUGCGGGAGCUGUCCCUCCACACCAAUGCACUGCAGGAGCUCGAUGGCAAUGUCUUCCGUAUGUUGGCCAACCUGCAGAGCAUCUCCCUGCAGAACAACCGCCUCAGACAGCUGCCUGGGAAUAUCUUUGUCAAUGUCAACAACCUCAUGACCAUUCAGCUGCAGAACAACCAACUGGAGAACCUUCCCGUGGGGAUCUUUGAUCACCUGGGGAACCUGCGUGAGCUGGGGCUCUAUGACAAUCCCUGGAGGUGUGACACAGGCAUCCUUCCACUCCGCAACUGGCUGCUGCUCAACAAGGCCAGGCUGGGGACAGAUGCCCUUCCCGUGUGUUCCAGCCCAGCCAGUGUCCGAGGUCAGUCCCUCAUCAUCAUCAACAUCGACACUGUUGUCCCUGCUGUUCCGGUCCCAGCAAUCCCUGUGGUGCCCAGCUACCCGGAGACGACCAGCUACCCUGCCUCCAUCUCCAUCUCCUCCACCACUGGGUUCAUCAGCCCUACAGUUGGCUACACCGAGCUGAGCACCAUUGAGACCAUUGAGCGUGACACGUGGGCCUUGACGCGGGUGCCGAGCGGGCUGGCCAUCGCUGCCUUCGUCAUCAGCAUCGUGGCCCUGGCCUCCUCCCUGGCCACCAUUCUGUGCUGCUGCUGCUGUCAGAAGAGGAGCCAGGCAGUCGCGAUGCAGAUGAAGGCGCCCAACGAGUGUUAGAGGCUGGCUGGGGCCAGGCUGGGGCGUCAGGGCCCGACCAUCCAGGGAUUUCACUGUCCACCCCAGGCCCACAGGGCCGUCCGCUCCUCCCUCGCUCUGGCUCUCGCAGGCCCCUCUCUCCACCAGGGACAACCAACUGGCCAUGGCAAAAACCCUGUGGGUUUCUAGUUCACAUCCCCGUCUUCCUUCAGGAAAGGUCCUCCUCCAAAGCCUCACCAGCUCUCCUCCAAGAACAAGCCUCUCUGUGCCCGCGCCCGGCCUCAGGCCCAGUCACUGUGUGCCUACUCGCUUUGUGGGAUAGUCCUCUCCUGGACAGCCCCUCUCCCACAUAGUAUGUAGGUUGACUUCCCUUCUUCUGCCGUCCUGUUUGUGGAAUGGCUCUACCCUGUCCCCUCAAGGGAAAGGGCCCCCUUGAUUUUCUGCUUCUGAAGGGGGGUGAGUUCUCUCCUCAGAGAAGGCUUCAGAUCAUGCAGCUGCUUUCUGAGGAACUGCCAGGCAUCCUGGCUGUCUGGGUGCUGUGAAAGAGAGAUGGUGGAAUGCUGCUGCUCAGCUCCCGGAGAUGGAGUCAUCCUCAGUGUCUCUCUCAUGAUUUUUAUCUAGAAAAGGAAAAAGGAACCAAUGCAACAAGCUCAGCCUUUCAGAUUCUGUUAUUAAUGAACUGCAAAUUUGCUUUGAAAAUUUUAGUCCUUUAAGGAAUAAACUCAUGUGGUGUUUUUGACCCCUUAAAGCAUUAAAAUCAGCUUACUGGUACUGGAGGGUGAAAGCAACCUGCUACCUGGGGGUCCUCGUGUUCACAUCUAGGGCUUUUCUCUUUUAACUUUUUAUUGAAGUGUAGCAUACAUACCAAAAAGUGGGAGCAUGAUAGUGUACAGUUUGGUGGACUUUCACAAAUGGUACAUGCCCUUGUAAUCAGCAUCCAGACCAAGAAAUAGGACAACCUCAGGAUCCUCUGGCCUGGGCUUUUACUGAAAGGCAGGACGAGGGCCUUGACUUCGUUGCUCCUCCUUUUUUUGCUUCUUUGACCUGGGAACUGACUCCCUAUGAGCCAGAUGGACCCUCACUACCCCUCCAGCAGUCCUUGCAAAGGCCCAGCUGCCAGGGCUGGAGGAGAAGAUGUGGAUAUGCUGUGCCCCGGGUGGGAGAUUUUAUUCGAUCCCCAGGCCUGAGGCACCCAGACAGGCCAGGUCAGAGGCAGCUCAACUACAGAGACCCGCACAACCACACACCCUUCCCUGUCAGCAAAGCAGUGCUGCUCAUGGGAGGCCCCUCGGCGUGGGCCUUUCAUGGGCAUGAUAUGCCUUGAUCUGUUUUUAAUUUUCACUCUCCAUUUGGAGGAAGUGAAAAAGCUGAGAGAUGAGAUCCUUUAACUGAACAUCCACAUGUCAUGGAACUCAGCGAUCCCUCUAAUGUCAUGGUGAAAUUCUCCAUCAACAUUACAGUAAGCUAGACACUCAACUUCAAAAAUCUCACCCAUGGCAGGCAACAGCAGGGUACGCAGAUAGGUCACACCAGGUUAGGGGCUCUGGUUCUAAGAGCUGAGUUGCUUGGACCAGGGUUAUUCUCUUCCCUGAGUUACAGUCCCAUGAAUACCUGCCCUUGCUACUCUUGUUGCUACAUACAUACAUACUGACACUGAUAAAGACAGUAUGCUCAGGGCAACACCUGUCUUCUCUGGACCACUGGUCUACCAGUUUAGAAGUAAACACAGUGAAAUGGAGAAUGUCCAUUUCUGGAGGUGUCCAAGUCUGCCCAGAAAAGUGCUGCAGCCAACUCUAUAAGGAUUUGGAAAUCUGCCAUUCAUUCUGAUUAGCUCUUACCAGUUCCCUCCGCCCCACAAGGCAAAUAUGAAAUCCACUGGGGCCUCAGCAGCAUGAUGCUAACUGGCCUCCGAAAAAAGGGUCCUGAAAGGGAUAUGCUUAAGAACUGGAGUACUUUGUAGAUUUUCACUUUCUGUCUCAGAGAAUCUGGGAGAGAUGGGGGCCAUCAGAGGCAAAAGACAUCUCCCCAAGGUAAAUCUGUGUCUCCAAGAUGUUUUCUAAGUAUUUGUAGCAACUGGUAGAUAUGUACCAAGGCUUGCCAGGGCCAAAAAGGAAGUGAGCCCAGAGACUGGGGCAUGAGCUUCAUUCCACUGAUGGUGACCUGCCAUUGAUCCUGGGGCCAAAGGGAAGCUCAGCCCACUCUGUUCCAGACAGGAGGCAUGGCUUGGCACUGCAUUCCUCACGGUGCUCCUGGUGAGCCAGCUCCAAUACCUCUUUGUAUAAGAGCACAGGUGAGGAAGGAGUCUUCAUUAUCCAGUGUGCCUUGCCAGUGUGGACCCAGACUGGGUAUUUCCAGCAUUGGCCAUAACACUGGAAUACCUUCUCCUCUGGCCCAGUAUAUCAACAUGUGCCCCAGGCCAAAGGCUGGCCUGAGGGCAGCCAUCCAUCAGAUGACUCCACGCACGAGCUCCCAGGUUGGGGUGGUGGACCCUUUAUCUGACUUUCUGAGUUGGCCUGUUCCCUUCCUCCAUUGGAGUGGAUAGGCUGGAGCCCCUGGGCCUCAUCUUCCUCGGCAAUCCUCUUGGCCUCCCUGAACCAUGUUGUCUGGUCAGAGAGCUAGCAGAAAAGCUGGUGGAGUUUCCUUUCCAACAGGAUGAUGUAUUUGCUCACUUUUCAGGACUGGAGAAAGCUGCUUGGUCACCGUAAAGCUAAGGCAGGGCACAGAGUUCCCUUUACUUUCCCCCUUGGCUCACUGGCUUCUAGGUCACCUUGCCAGUACCAGAAGCUUCCAUAUGGGGUGGAGGGUCAAUGUCAGAGAAAAGAGAAUAAGAACCAGGUAGGCCCACUGUUUUUCAAAAAUGUUUUCUGUGCAUAGGUACACUUUAAUGCAUUAACAGGCAUUUUCUUUUUAACCCUCACAACCCCCCUGACAACUACAUUUACCCCCCUGUGACAGGGUGUGAAACUGCCCGUCCUUCUGCAGUAUUAUUCAAUAGGCUUGGGUUUUCCUUCUUUCUAUAACUGUGUCCAAGACUUCAUAGCCUGUCCAGGGCUUUCCUUUAAACCAAAGAAAAUAGAAGUCACUGUCCUGUCGCUCCCCAUGCUCUAAGCCAUAAGAAACUCACUUGGUGCUAGGUAGAGCAAAAGCUUUAUAAAUAGAGAAAAAAUUGUAAGACUCAUCUAUCCAUUGAAGAAAAAUUGGCCCCUCAUGGUAAUUAUUGGGCUGUGUGUAUAUUGUUCCUUCUUUAAAAUUCAAAGGCAAAGCAUUGUUCUCAGAACCCUUUAUGGGCAACCACGCAACUUUCACAGCAUUUCAGAUGUCAGUGUGGGGUGGCUUCAGGAGUCUAUUUCCAGAUUCAGGAAGCUCAUGAAGAGCGGGCAGCUAGAGGGGACUAUCUAAGCAGAGCUGGUAAGCAGACACUGGCUGGGUCCCAGCCUGUAGCUGUAAGCCGCUCCAAGAUUUCAGCCCACGGACUCCACAGUCAGAACUGAAGUGGGCUGUUGGGGAGGUGAUGGUGGGCUCCGGGAGUCCAGUCCUCCCAGUCCAGCCUCUCUCCUUCUCUUCAGAAGAGAUUGUUCUCGCCAACUGGUUGCCUUCACGCUGCUGUCAAAAGUAGAUCACGUUUGCCUUACUUAGAGAAUUGUUGCAAAUGGUCCCAGGUGCUUGGUGAUGUGUUUGGAGAUUUCUAGACACUUGGGUUUUGUAGAGUGUGAGCCCUGGUGGCCAGGGUUGGGGGCCCAUCUCUGCUGGAUGCCACCUGUAACAAUUUGGUGUAUCGAAUCAACAAUAAAUGGUAUA